ACUCUCCCUUUCACAGAAUUGAAAUGUUACAAUUCCGGUCAACGGUAGCGCUCAAGGAGUUGUUUCAAACGCAGCUGAAGCGUCCGUUAACGUGUAGAGUCGGUGUUAAUAAACCGACCGCCGCCUGCAGCUCCAGCUCCUCCAGCUUCAGCACCGGCUGCUCGGAUGGCAGCUCCCCUGGAAGAGGGAGGGUGUUCACCGGGCACAACUUCACCAAAAAACACGGCGUGAGAGAGUUCUGCUCCAAAGGUGACGGACAAAAUGAAGCGUCCAAGGACUCAGCAGCGGAGAAGAGAAGGAAGGCAGGCAUCUUGCCCAGUCUGGAGGACCUGCUCUUCUACACCAUCGCCGAGGGCCAAGAAAAAAUCCCAGCGCACAAAUUCACCACAGCUCUUAAAGCUACGGGGCUUCGCACAGGAGACCCUCGGCUGAAGGAAUGUAUGGAGAUGCUGAAGGUGACGGUGAAAACUACGUCUGACGGAGCGCUGGACCGACACCUCUUUAAAAAAUGCGUUCAGAGCAACAUCGUUCUGCUGACUCAGGCCUUCAGGAAGAAGUUUGUCAUCCCAGACUUCCAGUCCUUCUGCGGACACAUGGACGACCUCUUCGAAAACGCCAAGAACCUGUCAGGAGGGCAGGUGGCGGACUACAUUCCCCAGCUGGCUCGCUUCAGCCCAGACCUGUGGGCCGUCUCCUUGUGCACCGUGGACGGACAGAGGCACACCGUUGGCGACACUAAGGUCCCUUUCUGUCUGCAGUCUUGCGUCAAGCCGCUGAAAUACGCCAUCGCUGUCCACGACCACGGCACCGAGUACGUGCACCGCUUCAUCGGCAAAGAGCCCAGCGGCCUGCGCUUCAACAAGCUCUUCCUGAAUGAGGAAGAUAAACCACACAACCCCAUGGUUAACGCUGGUGCUAUCGUCUGCACCUCCCUCAUUAAGCAAGGAGCAAGCAACGCCGAAAAGUUUGAUUAUGUCAUGAACUUCAUGAAUAAACUGGCAGGAAACGAAUACGUCGGUUUCAGUAACGCAACUUUCCAGUCGGAGCGAGAGUCUGGAGACAGGAACUUUGCCAUCGGCUACUACCUGAAGGAGAAGAAGUGUUUUCCAGAAGGGACGGACAUGACGGCCAUCUUGGAUUUCUACUUCCAGCUGUGCUCCAUCGAGGUGACCUGUGAGAGCGCCAGCGUCAUGGCGGCGACUCUGGCCAACGGCGGCUUCUGUCCAAUCACAGGCGAGCGCGUACUGGGCCCCGAGGCGGUGCGAAACACUCUGAGUCUCAUGCACUCCUGCGGCAUGUACGACUUCUCCGGACAGUUCGCUUUCCACGUCGGUCUGCCGGCGAAGUCUGGCGUCGCCGGCGGUAUCCUGCUGGUCGUUCCCAACGUGAUGGGAAUCAUGUGUUGGUCUCCUCCGCUAGAUAAGCUGGGAAACAGCGUCAGAGGAAUCCAGUUCUGCACGGACCUCGUUUCUCUCUUCAACUUCCACAACUACGAUAACCUGCGACACUUCGCCAAGAAACUGGAUCCUCGCAGGGAGGGAGGAGACCAGAGGGUGAAGUCGGUGAUCAAUCUGCUGUUUGCUGCUUAUACAGGAGACGUUUCAGCUCUGAGGAGGUUUGCGUUGUCCUCCAUGGACAUGGAGCAGAGAGACUACGACUCCAGGACGGCUCUGCAUGUGGCGGCUGCUGAAGGUCACACUGAGGUGGUUCGCUUCCUGCUGGAGGCCUGUAAAGUCAACCCGGUUCCCAAAGACAGGUGGGGAAACACACCGAUGGACGAGGCGGUCCACUUCGGCCACCACGACGUCGUGACAAUCCUCCGCGACUACCACACUCAGUACAGUCCUCAGGAGACGCCCGAAGACAAGCAGAGCGCCGAGAAGAACCUGGACGGGUUGCUCUGAGGAGGG